AUGCUGCUGGGGUUUGUCUCAUUGCUCCUGACAGUUGGACAGGGGCCCAUUUCAGAAUUCUGUAUCCCAAAAUCAGUUGGAAAUAGUUGGCAUUCAUGUGACAAGAAGCAAGAAGACACCAAGUACAAAGUGGAGGAAAAGUAUUCCGAUGACAAAGGAGGAAGAAGACUUCUAGCUUUUCUAGACUCCGGUGACAGUCCUCGUCGUGUUUUAGCCGCUGCUGUGUAUGACAAAUGCGCAGCCAAGGAGAAAGUUCCAUUUGUCUCGCAAGAUGGCAUCCACCAACUUCACAUAUUCAUCUUCGUGUUAGCUGUUUUUCAUGUGCUUUAUUGCAUACUCAUAUUGGCUUUAGGCAGAUUAAAGGUGUGUUUCUUCAGACAAUUUAUUAGAUCAGUUCCAAGGGUUGACUUUUUAACUCUGCGCCAUGGAUUUAUCACUGUCAUCCUGUUAGUGGGUACAAAGCUACAGGUUAUCAUAACCAAGAUGGGUUUGAGGAUUCAAGACAAAGGAGAGGUGGUUAGAGGAAGCUUAGUUGUUCAGCCAGGAGACGACCUCUUCUGGUUCAACCGCCCUCACCUCUUGCUCUACCUCAUCAAUUUUGUUCUCUUUCAGAUACUUUGCAGCUAUGUGACUCUUCCUCUCUAUGCUUUGGUGACACAGAUGGGUUCAACCAUGAAGCCAACCAUCUUCGACGAGAGAGUGGCCAAGGCUCUACAUAGUUGGCACCAAAAUGCAAAGAAACACAUAAAACAGAACCGUCAGGCAGGUUCUGGAUCCCCAUUGCCAAGCCGCCCAAGCACUCCACUGCAUGCCAUGUCUCCAGUUCAUCUACUUCUUUCGCACGGAAACAAAGUCGAAAGUGUUUCACUGUCUUCUAGGAUUCCCAAUGCUGAGGGAUCGGCUUCAUCCUCACGCCGGCAUGAGAAUGGACAAUGGUGUCGCAGCCACCACGGAAACCAGGAUCUACCGGAAGGAGAGGAGUCAAGAGAGAAACGUUCAGGCCCAGAAACUCAUCCCUCACAGCAUGAAAUUGAGAUGCAAUCAGCAGAUUUCUCAUUUGAGAAAAACUCAACCAUUCUACACGAUGCCAGUGGGCAAUAA